ACCAGUUCCUUUUGUCAUCUCGCUCGUUCUCUGCACACGGUUUUGUCAGUUCUAACCCAGCCGAGAGAGAAUUGAAAACGCGAGAGAUGUUGUCAGCUGCAAUAUCAUAUCAGGAAAAGGGAAAGACACCAAGGACUUUCUCAAAUAACAAGAGAUCGCUAGCUCAAGCUUGUAUGUUUCAAAAUUCACCAGGCUCGUACGAUCUUCCAAAAAAUGCUAUCAUUGUAAUGGACGGAUUGAAGUACCCUUCGAUGGAACUGCUCCAGUGGGUGCUUAGGAAUGUGGCUUCUGACGGUACUUGGACCAUUACUCUCCUUGAAGUCAUGCCCUGGCUCAAUAUCCCGCUGUCUUGCAAAAAAUGGUCUGAGGAUGUAAUGACUGACAUUCACAAUCUCUGUCGAAACUACGGGGUGGUUCCACAAGUCAUAACUCUGAUGGGCUAUCCUCUGCGAUCACUUGUUCUUGAGCGCAUAGCAAGUCUGAACCCGACCUUGGUUGUCGUUGACAGGCACCAUGACAGGAAAGACACCGAAUUCUAUGCUGAGAAAGUCCCCUGCAACAUUGUGGCGAUGAAUGAUGACGGAGAAUAUGACAUGAUCAAGGCCCGUACUCGUCUCAACGCCUCUGAGGAUUACAGUUUCACUGGACCGUCGCCUUCGCCAGCACCUACUCCGGAGGUGAUCAUCAAUUCGGAGCAUAGCAUGAAAAGUAUCAAGCCAAAACUUACCAUAAGCUUUACCAGAGACAAGAAAAUGAGUUUUGGAAGGAAGUAGAGAAGAUUUGGAGCUUAUUACCUAGCUGCUACUAUGUAUGUUGCUAAUUCCUCAAUUUCUCUCAAUGGAUAAAUGGUUUGUGAGCACUGGCAUCACAAGAACACCAUUCUUCAAUAAUUCGAACUAUUUCGUGUAUAAUAUCAUAAAUAAGUGAAUUAGCUUUAAGUAAGAGUGUGUUAUCUAAUAAACCACCUAGCUCCAUGUCAAUUUCAACUUGUAACAAUGUAUUGUUUGCUCUUAUAUAUAUACAAAACUACAGUUUCUGUUA